AUGGCCAGCGAAGCAUUCCGUCCUGCUUUGCCCGAGUGCUGGGGCCACCGCGGUGCCUCGGCGGCGUUCCCCGAGAACACCCUGAGCUCCUUUGCGCAGGCCAUCCGUGAUGGCUCGGAGGGUAUUGAGAGCGACGUGCAUGUCACUGCCGACGAUGUCAUUGUCAUGUUCCACGACACGACGCUCGACCGUACGACGGAUGGGAAAGGCCUUAUCAGCGCACGGCCCUACUUUGGUGCGGACGGCAUCGAGCAUGUGCGCACGCUUGAGAAGCCUGUGCAGCAGAUCCCCACGUUUGAGCAGCUGUGUGAGCUGCUGAUGAAGGAGGAGAACCGCCAUGUGAAGCUUAACGUCGAUAUCAAGCCGAACAACGACCCCGAGCGCCUCUUUUCGAUCAUGGACAAGAUCGUGCGCAAAUUUCCGGGCUACGAGACGCAGCUCGCGCCGCGCCUUAUCCUCGGCCUGUGGCACCCCAAGUUUAUCGAGCCGGCCAAGAAGCACGUCCCCACGCUGUCGCUCGCGCAUAUCGGCUCGUCGCCUGCGGAUGCGCUGCGCUACUUCUGGAAGGACUGCUCCACGUUCUCGCUCAACUUCCCUGCCCUCGCCACCGACGAGGGCCAGCGCUUCCUGCAGCGUGCCAAGGAGGAGAAGAAGGACGUCAUGGUUUGGACCGUGAACCGCAUAGACGAGAUGGUCGAGGCGACGCGCUGGGGCGUCAAGGCGAUCCUCACUGACCACACGGACGGCCUGCAGAACCUGCGCAAGGAGAUGGCGGCCGACUUUUUGGGCACCGAAAAGAAAUACGUCGCGCCCUACUUCCGCUGGACGUACUACAAAUACUACACCCCGUACGCGCAGCUGUACCGGUACCUCUGCGUGAACGAGGUCGUAAAGCACGCGGGUAUGUCCUUCGAGCAGGGCAGUGCCCCGGUCCCAGUUUCGUAG